AUGGCGAUUAUCUUCCUCACGUCGGGACUGAGCAUCCCGCGCCAGAAACUGUUCAUGCAUCUCCUCAACUGGCGCCUUCACUGCCUUGUCCAGGUUUUUUCUUUCAUCUUCGUCCCUGCACUGGUCCUAGCGGUUGUCCAUAUCAUCCUGGUUGGGGAUCCGCAGGGUCAUAUCGACCGUGCCCUGCUGGCGGGGUACAUCUUCACCGCGUGUAUCCCGACGACCAUCGCUUCGAAUGUCGUGAUGACUCGGUCGGCUGGCGGCGACGAUGCGGCGGCCUUGGUGGAGGUAGUGAUUGCGAAUUUCCUGGGCCCGUUUAUUACGGCCGCCUGGACGGUCACCUUGCUUCCUGGCACAGCGGAAUUCGACCCCUGGAGACAGGCGAGCGGAGAUCUGAGCGAAAUGUACAAGGGCGUCUUCAAACAGCUCGGGCUGAGUGCGCUGCUGCCGCUGGUUUUGGGGCAGCUGGUCCGCUGGGCCUGGCCUGAAAGGACGGAGCAUUUGAUGCAGAAGUAUCGAAUUUCCAAGCUUGGAUCCGCGUGCUUGCUACUGAUGGUUUGGAUGACAUUCUCUUCCUGCUUCGCAACAGGGGCGCUCCAGGCCCUUUCCGUACAAAGUAUCCUGUUCGUGGUCUUCUUCAACAUCGCGUUGUACAUCACCCUCACUGCAGUAUGUUUCUGCCUCUCACGCCCUCCGAAGAUAUUGUCAGUCAACCGGUUCGGACUGCAGUAUGUAUUCAAGCGUAUCUCUCCAGAGGAAACGAUCGCAGUCUGCUUCUGCGGCCCCGCGAAGAGCACCGCUCUCGGGAUUCCCUUGCUAUAUGCCAUGUGGGCCCCGGUGGACCUAUACACCAAGGCCAGAACAUCAGUGCCUGUGCUGCUGUAUACGACUGAGCAGAUCUGUAUCGCGCACUUCUUUGUGCAUGCGCUGCGAAGGUGGCAUAAGAAAAUAGACCAUAAACGAGACCUCGAGAGUAUAGAUAAUAGAGGCACACUGCCUGAGAUGGCUGCUAGUUCAGCUGCUGGGGAGUCAUUGGACCACAAGAACAUAAGUUCAUGUGCAGACCAGUCGAGCUAUGUUAGAUAA